AGUCGUGGGUUUGUUGUAUAUCCUGCUCAGACGCGGCUAGUUUAAGUUGCCUCUUAGCACGGACAAGCUGAGAGUUGUUUCUUUUCUUAGUUAUCACUCGAAAAGCGAAAAAAACAACGAGUUUUGUGUAACGUUUUUAUAGCGGUUGCAUUUAUUUCCGUUGUUUCCGCUGGACAUAUGAAGUGUGUUUUCAGUUUUGACGGCAUAAAAGGCUUAAUUAGUUGGCUAGCGUCGCUAAGCUAGCUAACGGUAACAGUAGUUAGUUACCACUCGUUGCUAGCCAGGAGGAGCAUCACCAUCACAACAAUGCCCAGCACAGUGAUUGAUUGAUGGGAAGAUGAGUUGUCGUGUUUUGCUGGUCAGAUAGCUUUUCUGUCUCCACGGGCUGUUAAGUAAAUCUGUCCCAAGCUAUGGAUACAUCCAGUGAGUCGGAUUCAUACGACAGGACGCAGGUGCACAGGCCUCGGGGGCGUGAAGCCCACCGCAGACCUGGCCGGGACAGAGCCAGUGGAAGUGAUGGUCGACCCGCAGACAUCUCCGAGAAGAUCAGCACACUGGCAAACACUUUACAGGACACCAGUAAGAACUUGACCAAAGUAGACCGGAUGCUGGGCCAUUACAGAGGGCAUACGGAUGAUCAGGCUGAAGCCAUGGCACUGCUCAGGGAGAACCUGGAGGAGUCAAUCAGUCAGCUACAGACACAGAGGGUGAGCAGAUCCAAUGGGGCUCGGAGUGCCUCAGCUUCGGCCUCCACCCUGCACACCAGUGACCUGGAGGCUGACUCGGGAUCAGAUGGCCAGCGUUUCUACCCUACUUCUCCACUGAGGGAGUAUACAAGCACUCCAGGAAGGAGACGGAGGUCUCAGUCUGCCAGUGUUCGCUUCAAGGAUGCCAGCCUGACAGGAGGGGAUAUUCACACUUUGCACCAAUCCUUGAGGGAUCUGCAUUGUGACCAGUAUAGACUGUCUGACGACCUGGAUAGAGAAAUCCUCAGGAGAAAUAGGUCUGAUAUUGACACUAGGCGAGCGAUGGAGAGCCUCACAGAGCACAUGACGACUUCCCAGAGACAGGCCUCAGUGUCGUCUCGCGUUGAGCGGCGUCUGCAGGAGCUGGAGAGAGAGAUGCAUACUGAGCAAAGUAGCGUGGAGAGAGAGAGAAGGCCUGAUCAGCGGGUGGUCACGUCUGACGAGCUGCAGGAGACUUCAGGGAGACGCCACGUUCAAGCCCAUGAGAGAGAGGAGGCCGUUACAGCCAAGAUACUGAAAGCAGACCGUGAGAAAUCCAAGAUGGAGCAGGAACUGGAGAGAGCUAGAAGACUACUUGACCAGUCUGAGGAUAGCAGAGAGUCCCUUGUUCAGCAGGUGGAGGACAUGCGAGGUGAGCUGCUGAAGACGAGGAAGGAGAAGACUGAGCUUCAGAGGGCACGUCUGGAGACUUCUCAGCCCAUUGCUCAGCCACAUGGCAACCACACUGACGGUGAGGAGGGAAGAGGUGGACAGCGAGGGCCAGAUCGUUUGAACCUGGAGAAAGAAGUGGCGAAGCUGCGAGCCCAGCUGCGCACGGCCUCAGUCCUCGGCGAGGUUGAAGAACUAAAAAGGACUCUGGACCGCAAGGAGAAGGAGAGAGUCCAACUCAGCAUACAGGUGGAGGAAUUGUCAUCAGACCUGGCGCGGCGGGCGCAGCAGCAGCUACGGAUGCUGGAACAGUUGAAAGAGAUGCAGAGCCGAGAGCAGACGGAGAGGAGGGAGACGGUGGAAUUACUUCAGGAGAGCGCAAGGAGCAGAGAUGAAUUGAAGACCAGGGCCCAAGAGGCUGUGCGCCAGUGGAGGGCAAAGUGCAGGAGACUGCAGAAGGAGCUGGAGGAGGCGAGCGCCCAGGCUCAGUUCCACACCGACAAGGCCUCGCAGGCAGCCAGGGAAAAGGAGAGCUCUCAGGCCCAGUUGAAGGCGCUGAGCCAGCAGACUGAGGCGGCCCGCAGGGAGCUCGCUGAAAUCCUAGGCCGUUUGGCCCAGCGCGAAGAAGAGCUCCACCGCAAGGACGUGGAGCUGUGCGAGACCCGCCAGCGCCAGUUGUCACUGGAGCAGGAAAUCCGGGAGGUGAGGGAGGCCUCAGCUGCCCUGGAGGAGGAGACUCAGCGUCUGGCCGCUGUCCAGGCAAGACUGAAGGAAGAGAACCAGAGGCUGGAAGAACGAGGUGACACCCAAGCCCGUCGUUGUCAGAGAGACCAGGACACACAGGCCGAGCUCCAGGCUGCCCUAAAGCAGAUGACAUCAGCCCAUGCUCAGCUAGUCCAGCGGUUGGCAGAGGAGGAGAGCUCCAAGAAGAACCUGCAGAAGGGCUCCAUGGAGCUACAGGCCAAGCUGACAGCAGUACAGGAGGAGCGGGCCGCACUGGGGCAGCAGCUGCAGCUCGAGAGAGAGGUGCAUCAGACAGAACUGGACAAUACGAAGGCGUUGAUGGGGGACAGCAGGACAAAGAAGUAUCGUGAAGUGCAGGACAUGCUCAAGCUCUGCCGUCAGGAGCGGGAUGAAAUGCAGGCACACCUGAAGGAGGUUAAGGCAGAUGCAGCGUCAGACAAGGAGCUGUGUGGGGCGCUGCGCAUCAAGUCGGACAGGAUGAAGGAUGAGUGUGAUAAGCUGGCAGCACAGCUGAGCACAAAAGACGAGACACACUCACUUCUCCAAAGAAAGUACCAGCUACUCAAACAGGAACUGAAUGACAAAGUCAGGUCGGGUGAGCGGAGGCGUGCUUCAGACUCAGAGUUUGCUAAGCUGGAGGAGAAGGUGUUGCGGAUCGAAGCAGAGCAAGAGACAGUACUUACCGCCAUGGGUGAGGAACUAGAUGCAGCUUGUUGCAGCCUGGCGAAGAACGGUGAAGACAAACUACAGGCGAUCUUCCAGAAACCUGGAUUAGUGAAAGACCCCCAUCGCUGGCUAGCUGAGACAAAGACCAAGAUACGCUGGCUGUGUGAGGAGGUGCAGGAGUGCAACACAAGAGAACAGCGCUUAAGGAAGCAGCAACAACAAACCAGGGAUCAGUUGAAGGCCCUCAGGCAGAGCCGGGACUCAGAGCAGAUGGCUCUCCUGCAGCGCCUGGACCAGCAGGAGAAGCUGCUGCACUCCCUCAGCACUGAAAAGAGAGAGCUGUUGGAGAGGAGUCGCAGCAAGGAUGAAGAAAUGAGGAGCCUUCAGGACCGUGUAUUGGAUCUGGAGAUGAACACAAGAGUAGCCCUGGACCACUUGGAGGCAAUUCCAGAGAAACAAUGUCUGAUGGAGAACUUCAAAGAUUUGGAGGAGUCACAGCGGGAGAGAGAAAUGGUAGAGCAGCGCUACACCAAAUACAAAGAGAUCGUCUGGGACCUACAGCACCAGCUGGACGAGUCCAAACGCAGAAUCCAGGAGCACAGACAGCCGCUUGGAUAAGGCUAGCCUGACUUUGAGAGUCAUUUAUGAGUCUAGCUCGCCCACACCAGUGCCAAAGUGUGCACCGCACCUAAUUUGCAACUUGUAUGAAUAAAUGAAUAAUUUCACAUGCCGGUAAUGCAUCAUGGAUGGACAGAGUGGGACAAGCUCGAGCAAUGGCACAAAUGUAGACUCAAAGAAAACCUGAAUUUUACCAGUCUCUGUUAAUUGCGACAGUCAUCUUCUGUGUUAUAAAGCAGUCUAGGGAGCCAUCAACACAUCACUGUUGACAGCUGAUUGCCAUCAGCAGUGUGCAACCUCCCCUAAACAGCCAUACAGUCACUUUUUAAAUGGUUUUAAUCUGCCAGAUUACCCCGUUGGUUUGCCAAAUGACUCCCGUGUUGAGUGAUAAGUGGCGAUUGCAUUAGCUUAAUAGCUGCUGCCCACCCGGGGUUUGUUUAAGGAAAAAGGAUGGAUGGAAUGUCCUUACAAGAGUUUCCAUCUUGAUAAGAGUCAGCGAUACCAACAACAACAAGCUGCUUCUACAUUUAAUGUAACCGUGGCUCUCUGCUUUAAACCACCGGCUUGUAAAGCUCUAUUCAGACAGGAUCAUGUUUUGGCUCAGUGCUUGGCCUGUCAUUAUAGGACAUCUGUAAAGUUAAUGAUUUAUAAAAACAGGAUAAACGAAAUCUGUAAUUUGUGUCAAACUUCGAGAAGGGCAGUGACUUGGCAGGCCUUGCAACAGAAUCACAAAAUAUGAAGAGAUAUCUGUUCAGGCUGGGACACUUGUGCCUGCAUGUUUACAGGCAAAUAAAUGUCUGUAAAAGAAGCUUUUAUCGUGCUCUGGUGCACACAGGGACUCAAAUUACUCACUUCCCAAGCAGAAUAUUUACAGAAUAUCAUUAUGUAGAGCUCUUGGGAUGUUCAAACAAGCAUUUUGUGGGCAGCCAAAUCUGGCCCACUACCCUCAUUUUAAGGUGCUUUGAAUUUGAUUUUGUGUCGUCUGUGUACCCCGUGUAAAGUGUCUGUAAGACAUACAUUAUACACAGCUGUUCACGCUUAUAGCUGUACUGUUCAUUUUACAUCGUGACAUUUGGCCAUGGCCAUAGGGAUGUGGCUACACUCUCAGUUGGUCUGUCGCUAACAGUUUGGCCCAACAGACAGAU